CGUAAAGCGAUGCAGGCAUGGAACAGCUUAUCGCGCUUCAGUAGAUAGCUUGGGUAUCGUAUCAGCAUUCACGUGCAAUCGUGGGGCAGGCCGCGGCCUGAAGUGUGGGUCGCCGAUCUUGGGGAAGUUUAUCGAUACUCGACACCACAGCAUCAAUACUGAAUGAACACUGUCUCUUCCCUAUAAACGUCACACAACUGAAAGUCCUACACUGUGAUACCACACAAUUGACAUCAGUGUGCACUCAGCGCCAGAUCAGCAGCCAACCCACAAGCGAUCAAAGAUUGAGCUUAAGAAGCCCGACGCAGCAAGCAUGUACAUCAUAUCAAAAGCUCUCGAUCCCCUCUUCGCUAUCUCGAUCGGUCUCGCCGCCGCCGUCACACGCAUCAACCGCGAAGAGAAGGAAAAGGGUCGCUCGACACAAGAGACAAUAGACGUGUUCAAGAGGAGAUGGGCGCUUGCGUGGCAGAGCGAACCUACGACGGCAACAAAGCAGUAAGGUCAGCAAUGGAAGUACGGUUGAGCAACGGUCGAGGCACCUACGUCUGGUUCGAGACAACAAUGGUCACACACUCUAGCAAUAGAGAGUGAAGCACGAGGGAUGCCUUGGAGCGACAACUAGAAUGACUGUCAUCAAGGCACCGACAUAGUACGAGCCAUCGAUAUCUCAACAUAAGGUGGUAGGAGACGGCGCGGAGCAGAAUCAGACGAACGAUAGUCCAGUACGACGAAUGAUACCCUUUCUUUGGCUUCAGAAACAGAUACACGAGUAAUCGCACUACCUCGAUCCGUCAUGUCGGCUGCAACACAUCUGUGGCUACUUCUCUGACAACCAUGGCAACUGCAAGAGACGACACCCACUGCUGUUUAGGCGAGAAAGAACUGGGUUCUCGACGAAUGCAGGUAUGUCUCCAUUUAUCAACAAGAA